UCUCUUUUCCCAUUCCACCAGCUAUGUUACUCCUGCGCCCCAGGAAGGGGCUCAAGCCACGCCAGCUGGCUCCAGUGACCUGACUGGUCUGUAGCAGCCAGGCCUGGAUUACAGCCUCAGGAGCUGUGAGCUCUUUUCCCACCGGCGAUGGAGAAGCAGGUCGGAGCUCCCCGCCUCACCUGCCACCUCCAGCCUUCUCCAACCUCUCUGCCGCCGGACACCAGGAUCUCCGUGCAGAACCCGGGGUGCCUGGAGCGGCCUCGGACCCCUCCGCCCACCGCAACCCUCCCCGGCCACCUCCAACGAGUCUCUUUCUAGAGACACCUGUGCCAACCUGGGCCGGGUAGCCCCCCGGUCCAGCCGCUGCCCCGGGGCCCCCGAGGGAGGCAGGAGCAUGGCUUCCAAUGGCACGGACUGCGUGGGCUCCACCACCCUGAGGGCCACGGUGAGCGUGGUGCUGACGGCGCUGAUGCUGGUGACGGUGGCGGGCAACGUGGUGGUGUGUCUGGCCGUGGGGCUGGACCGCCGUCUGCGCAGCCUCACCAACUGCUUCAUUGUGUCCCUGGCGGUGACCGACCUGCUGCUGGGUCUGCUGGUGCUGCCCUUCUCGGCGCUGCACCAGCUCACCUGCGAGUGGCACCUGGGCCGCGCCUUCUGCGACGUCUACACCAGCCUGGACGUGAUGCUGUGCACAGCGUCCAUCCUGCACCUGGUGGCCAUCAGCCUGGACCGUUACUGCGCCGUGACGGCGCCCCUGCGCUACCCCGUGCUGGUCACCCCGGGCCGCGUGGGGCUGGCGCUGGCUCUCAUCUGGGUCGUGUCCAUCACGCUGUCCUUCCUGGCCAUCCACCUGGGCUGGAACAGCCGGGCCGCGGCCGAGGACGCGGGGCCCCCGCCGGUCGAGUGCAAGGUGCAGGUGAACCCCGUGUACGGGCUGGUGGACGGGCUGCUCACCUUCUACCUGCCGCUGCUGGUGCUCUGUGCCACCUACUACCGCGUCUUCAGGAUCGCCCGCGAGCAGGCCCGGCGGAUCCACCGUUCCGGGGGCCCCUGGCGGACGGCGCCGGCCGCCUCCCGGGAGCACAAGGCCACAGUGACGUUGGCGGCCGUGGUGGGCGCCUUCGUGGUGUGCUGGCUGCCCUACUUCACCGUCUUCGUGUACCGUGGGCUGCGGGGCGACCAGGCCGUGAACCCCGCCUUCGAGGCCGUGGUGCUGUGGCUGGGCUAUGCCAACUCGGCGCUCAACCCCGUGCUCUACGCCGCCCUCAACCGCGACUUCCGAGAGGCCUACCGCCGCCUGCUGCGCUGCCCACCCGGCCGCCCGGCCCCCCUGCCCGCCCGCAGCUCCCGGAAUGAGACCCGGAGGAGGCUCGGUGGCCAGGCCCGGCCACGGCAGCAGCCCGAGGAGCGGCCCCUGAGGCUCCAGGUGUGGGGCGGGGGCGAGGGCUCGGUCCCCCCGGGAGCCCCCGACAGGAAGCCAGCACUGUUCUGCAGUGGCUGCUCCAGUGACCUUCUGAGCUGCUGCAAGAGCCUGUGGGGGCUGGGCUUCCUCCAGAGACCUUCAGUGCCCCCUCCAGAGGAGCAGCCGCUGCCAGAGGAGGCUCCCAGGACUCCAGGCCAGAAAGCCAUGAGGAUGCUGCCCCCUGAGGCUGUGUAGAUUCGGUCCUGUGGGACCCCGGAGACCCUACUCCCGGAACCAAGAGCUACUGCCUGGAGCCACUGAGGACCCCUCAGUGCACGGGGGUUGGGGGCUUGGGCCUGGGCUCAGCCCAGACAGCCCUCAGAAGCCCUCGGACCUGGGUCUUCUGACCCCCCCCAUGGUCCAGAGGGGCUCACGUCGGUGCUGGCCCUUACAUGCGACCAGAGAAGGUGGGACCACAGGGACCGUGCGUGUGUGUGAAUGUGUGUGUGUGUGUGUGUGAAUGUGUGUGUGAGUGUGUGUGAAUGUGUGUGUGAGUGUGUGUGUGAGUGUGUGUGUGUGAGUAUGUGUGUGUGAGUGUGUCUGUGUGUGUGUCUGUGUGUGAGUGUGUGUGUGUGAGUGUGUGUGUGAGUGUGUGUGUGAAUGUGAGUGUGUGUGUGUGUGUGAGUGUGUAUGUGAGUGUGUGUGAGUGUGUGUGAGUGUGUGUGUGAGAGUGUGUGUGUAUGUGUGUGAGUGUCUGUGUGUGAGUGUGUGUAAGUGUGUGUGUGAGUGUGUGUGUGUGUGAAUGUGAGUGUGUGUGUGUAAGUGUGUGUGUGUUUGAGUGUGUGUGUGAGUGUGUGUGUGUGUAUUUGUGUGUGAGUGUGUGUGAGUGUGUGUGUGUGUGUAUUUGUGUGUGUGUGUGUUUGUGUGUGUGUUUGUGUACGUGUGCGUGUGUGUGAGUGUGUGUGUGUGUGUGUGAGAGAGUGUGUGUGUGAGUGUGUUUAUGUGUGUGUGUGAGUGUGUGUUUGUGUGUGUGUGCAUGUGCGUGUGCGUGUGUGUGUGUGAAGAGACUGUGAUACAAGUGUCAGCCCCCACCCGGGGUCUGGAGGGGUGGGGUGGGGGAACAAGCAAAGGAACAUGUAGGGGACACCCCCUGGGGGCACUGAAUCCCCAUCACCCACAUGGUAACAAGGGUGGAAACUGAGGUGGAGUGGUUGGUACCGCCCAUGGUCAUACGUCUGCACAGCAGCCUGCCAGUAGGAGGCACAUGAGCAAAGUCCUUGAAUGAGUGAAUGAAUGAGUGAAUGAGUGAGUGAGUGAGUGAGUGAAUGAAUGAGUGACUGAGUGAGUGAGUGAGCUAGCGAGUGAGUGAGUGAGUGAAUCAACCUGUAAGAAAAUGAACAGAAAUCACUGAGGGAACAAAGGGAGGAAGGAAGGAAUAGGUGGGGUGGAGAAGAUAGCACAGUGGUUCUGCAAGCCUCUCCUGCCUGAGCCUCCAAGGUCCCAGGUUCAAUCCCCAGCACCACCAUAAGCCAGAGCUGAGCAGGGCUCUGAGAAAGAAAAGAAAGGAAGAAAGGAGGACCUAGGCAGGAGAGUUGAGUGUUUUGUAGAAAACUGAGACGUUUUACACAUGUAUCCAUAACUGUCUUUACUGUUGACUGUAAACCAUUACUCUCCCCAAUAAAGAGAGAGAAAGGGAGAAAAGAUGAAGGAAGGAAAUAAAAGGGGGGAAGGAAAAAUAAAGAAGAAAAAGAAAUGAGUGAGUAAAUGGACCAGUAAAUAAGUACACAGGUGAAUGAGGGAUGAAGAAACGAGUGAAUGAAUGUGUGAGUGAAUGAACAAGUGAGCAGGGCCAGGAGAGUCCCUGCUCCUGACAACACACUACCUGCCUCUCUCACUGAGUAGAGGACAACCACGGCCUCCACUCAGUGCCCCCCAGCCAGAGCCAGGGUCCCCUCCGCUCAUGGCCCUCUCUGGUGCCUUUGGUCAGCUGCAAGUGACCGGGAUGCUCUUGACAUGGGGAGGUAAGACUGGGGGAGCCCCACAGUGCCCUCUGCUGGGCGCAAGACCCUGGGCCAUGCCAGUGACCUUGAGCUGGGUGAGUGCCCCUGUUCCAUGAACAGGGAAGGGCCCCCAGAAGGGGGCAUCCUGGCUGACCAGUUGCUCCCUGAGUCCAGUCCCCUCCCCCUUGAGAGCCAAGACUCCUUCCUGGCUUCCCUUCCAGCCCCCCAAGCCCUUCAGCCUCUCUUAGAGCUUUCUGGGGACAUUUGGGGAUCCCCCUCCACAUGCCACCAAGCCUUCUUUUCCUGUUUCCUUUCUCUCUCUGGGUGUACCCUCACCUGCACCCCCUGAGACGUGGGGGAGGGGUGUUGCUCAGAACCCACUGCAGUCUGCACCACAGCCCUGCCUGGCUGUUUCCUCUGCACCCACACUCUGAGCCUGCUCCCUCUUCCCACAGGCCCCCUCACAGGGCUCCUGCCACCCCACACCACCUACAUGUCCCCAUGGCCCCAUUGUCACCAGUAUCCCUCUGGCCCACCAUGGAAAAGGUUAGGCAUAAACCACGGGGACCCAUUUUUCACCUGACCCAGGCAGAUAGGGCUCCUUUGAGUUCUAGAAUGUUUUUCCUGCCUUUUGGGCCACAGGACUGAGAAAGAGAGAGAGAGAGUCUGACUGACUUCUCCCUGGAGGCAGCUGGUCCCGGAUCCCUCUCUGGUCCUAGAAGCUGCCCGCUUACUGGUACACUGAAGGCCUCACACCCCAGCCCACCCCAGCCCUUGGGGAUGUGCAGACUUUUAGCAGAUUCCUUCUAGAAGUUCCAGGACCUAUUUUCCACCAGGCCUCUGAGGCAGGUGGAUCUCAGGGUUGGAUGGGGCCUCCUUCCAGUCUGCCUGGCAGCCACCUCUACCCUUCUGAACGUUUCCUGCAGCCUCCUUGGGGCAACAGAAGGAGGGUGUGUGCCUAGUGGGGGAGCAUCCGCAGUGUCCCCCAUCCAGGUCCCGUGUGUCCCAAUAAAGCAUGAAAACAGGUGCUGCCUGGGACUCCGGCUCUCACUUCCUGGUGCCAAAGGAAAAAAAAAAAAUGCUCCCAGACUUUGCCCGGCGACUGCAGCAUCUCAAUUUAGAAGCCGAGUGAUACCAGCCAGAAGCUGCCUUCAAAGGGGGAAGAAAACUCCGUUUCUGCUUAAAAA